CUUUCCAAAGCAACGGAACGACUUGUCGACCGUGCGCUCUUCCGACUUGGGAUUGAGUAGGAUGCAGGUGAGCGGCGGCGCCCGGGGAGCGAAGACUCUGGCCGGCGACGUGAACCCAAGCUUCGACAGCUUGCCGUUUCCCUCUGUGUUCAUCGCCGCUUCGGCGAAUCGUCUCCUCUUUCUCCGCUGCCGUGGCGCCGGUGCCCACCACCUGUUCGACGGGAUGCCUGAGACGCGCACCGACAGGAAGCAAAAGGAAGCGGACGCGGAGGACCACAUCAGCGCACUCCCGGACGCGAUCCUCGAGCAGGUGCUGUCGCUCCUCCCCGCCCACGAGGCCGUGCGUUCGUGCGUGCUCUCGCGCCGCUGGCGCGUGCUCUGGAAGUCCGUGACCAACCUGCGCAUCACCGACGCCGGCAGCUGGAGCAGCGCCGCCAAGUUCAACAGGUUCGUCAACUUCAUGCUGCUCUUGCGCCCCGCCUGGAGCCUGCGCGAGGUCGAGCUCUGCACGUUUCCGGCGCAACAUGCUCGACCCUUUCCCUUUGUCCACACCAAGGAGCCGGUCCGGUACGUCGAGGAGUGGAUUGGGCACGCUGUCGUGUGCGACGUUCAGAUGCUCAGGGUCCUUGUCAGCCCAACAACCGAACCGCUGCGGCUCGUCGCGGUGCCUCUGAUCUCCCGGUACUUGACGACCCUGCAGCUUCAGUGUGUAGAGCUGGACGACGAUGCCUUGGAUUUCUCGAGCUGUCCUGUGUUGGAGGAUCUAAAGGUGAGCUUAUGCAUAAUUUCUGCUCAGAGGAUGUCAUCGCACUCGCUCAAGCACCUCUGUGUCGCUGAAUGUAGCAUUGCAUCGGAUUUCCGCACACGGAUUUCUACCCCGGGUCUUGUUUCGCUGCGCCUGAGUGUUCAGUGCUGGCGGGCUCCUCUGCUUGAAAGCAUGCCAUUACUAGUAACAGCAUAUGUCAAAAUUAGCCCCCUCCUGCUAGAUCAUCGAUGGUUUGGCUACCAUGGAGAUAGCACUUCUGAUAAUCCUGAUGGCAGUGGAAAGUGUGUGCUCCUUAGCGGUUUGAUCAAUGCUACGCAUUUGGAGUUGGAAGCUGCAGAUGGAGUGCAUAUUUUCAAGCUAGACUUGGCAUGCUGCCCUAUAUUCAACAAGUUAAAGACCUUGCUAGUCAAUGAGUGGGUUGUUGGUCGUGACUUUUGUGCACUACUUUGCUUUCUUCAACACACACCAGUUUUAGAGAAGCUCAUUAUUCUACUGCACGAGGAUCAAAAGCCUAUGAUGAAUAUGGGAGAAAGUCACCUUCAAUCUCUACGCCUUAAAACUGUUGAAUUCAGAUGCACAAAUGUUGAUGAAAGUGGUUCACAUUUGUUCAAAGAUGCUGACUCUUGAUAACUUCAGUAUCCAGAAGAACGAACACUAAUAUUCCAUUCCAUGUAAGUUAAAUAUGGAUAUUUUGGCAUGCUUAUUUUUAUAACAUUGUAUCUGUUUAUAUUAGUCACAAAGCAAUGACUCAAGAAGUCAAUAACUAGGAGUAAUGUUUUGACAUUUUAGCAUUGGUUAAGAAAAUGGUAAUUAUGCAUUCAUUUUGUAGCAACUAUUAUCCAAAACAGUACUAGAGAUGUAUCAAAACGAAUCAUCAUUUAUGCACAAGAUCAUAUUAUGUAUUAAAUUAUUUCACACAUGUGAAGGCCGUCGGCAGUUUAUCACUAUUGGGAUGGUUCUACUCUUUUAGCAUUGUUUCUUAAAAUGGAAAAUUUAAUUCGUUUCGUAACAGCUCAUAUGUUGUGCUCUUGCAAAAUUUAUCUUUUUCUUAAACAAGCAAAUUUAUGUUUAUAUUGUUAUAGCUAGAAUUAGGAUAUCUGAUUGGUUGAGAAAGAACUGGGUUACGUAGGGGUAAACAGUACGAAUUUAAUCUGAUUUAUUCUCAGAAAUGAAACCUAGUAUGAUUUUAUGUUUGGCAGCAACAUACCUGAAAUUAUUUAUGUCAUAGGUUCUGUUCGUAAUUUGGAUAAUAGAUGUUAAAUUGUGUGUGUAACAGCUCUCUUGAAUCUGCAAAUUAUAUCUACUAUUUGGCUGUUGCCUUGAAAUAGUUCACAUCAAAAUUCAAAAUAAAGAAGUGAUUCUAUUUCUACCUUGCUGCCUAGCAAAACGAGUGUGACAUUGUAGAUGCAUAAAGGUAUUGUAUUUUAUUCUUUUUUGAGUUCACAGUAUGUUAGAAGAUAAAGCUUAACAAUAUUUUCAUGUUGAUAUGAUGUUUGAGUUGAAGUACUUGAUCCUUAUAUCAAUCAGGAACUGAUAGCGCUCAGAAGCUAUUACAAAUAUCUCUAAAAUGUAAUAUGCAUUCCGGUGCAUGGUGGUGCCUAUAUAGCUGGUGCUCCCAUAGUCAAUCAUUUGGAUUUUCUGUUUUCUUCUCCUACAUAGUUACACAUCUAUGAAAUUCACCGGUCCUUAUCUUCACCGGUGGAGCUAUGGCAAGGCUCAAAGGGCCAUGGCCCGCCCAGUGAUGGAGCAAAAACAAAUUUUACAUGAAGUUUAUCCCACAGUAAUGCAUUGAUUUUUAAUUUGGUAGCACUGCUUGCACUAUCCGGCCCGCCCAACAUUUUUUGGGUAGCUCCGCCACUGCUUAUCUUGGUGCUCACUUGAUCUUCCACCUUUUCUCAACUUGGUACUUUUUUUUGAGAAAACGCAAGAGAGCUUGCAUUUCAUUGCUUGGAAAGAAAGAGGGUUUUAGUUACAGUCCUCCAAGGAGGGAAUUACAGUGCCCAAAGGCACAUCAGUGAACGUCCCAAGUUUGCGGUACAAUGGCUCGUAGCCCUAGGGCGCCGGCUCUGGCCCAGAGGGCGGCCUCGUCCUUGAUCUUCGUGAGCAGGUCGGUCGCCGAGGGCCAUCCUCUAUCGAAGACGCAAUCGUUACGAUGCUUCCAAAUCAUCCGUGGGACGAGGUGGUCACGGAGGCGAGGCCCUUGCGCAUGGGUUUGGGGGUGUGCUGCCGCGCCGUGUGCCACCAGUCGUUGAGAGAGGUCUCGCUGUCAGGCGGGGCGCAGGGGAGCCGGAGCCAGUGCAGCACCUCGCACCAGAUCUGCCGGGCAAAGGGGCAAGCUAGGAUGAGGUGGUGCAUGGUCUCGGGGGUCUGGUCGCAGAGGGGGCAUCGCGCGGGGUGUUGCAGGCUGCGGCGGGCGAGGCGGUCGGCCGUCCAACAUCGGUCCAGGCGGGCGAGCCAGUGGAAUAACGGACGCGCGGGGGUGCCCAGUUCUUCCAUGUGAGCUUCCAAGCGUUGCAGCCCGUGGAGCCAUUGAAGGUGGCGAUGUAGGCCGGGGUGCAUGGACAGGGGUCAUGGAAGAUGGAAGUUAGCUAUGCACGUGCCAAAAGCCCAAAACCAUCACUAGGUUUCAAGAUCUUAUGGGUUUCAACUCUAGCCUAACCCAACUUGUUUGGGAACAAAAGGCUUUUUUUGCGAAUGGGAAUAAAAGGCUUUGUUGUUGUUGCCAACUGCAAAUGUCAUCAGGAAAUUCCAAAAAUAGUAUUUUGUUUUAAACAUCUAAUACUCUGCUGACUGGUAUCAGGAGAGAACCUAGUGCAAUUUGAUCUUCAUCGAGAAAAUAAAAGUUCUGCAGUUCUUCAUGUUGGUGCUUCCGACGAUCGUAUCAUGUGCCACUUCUCUCUUCUCAAUCCUUAUUACUGGAGGAAAUCAGCACAUCUUCACUAGAGGCAAGAUUUGUAUACUAAGAUUCCGCUUGAGGUGCUCUUUUGAUGGCUGUGAUGUAGGGAAAAUUGGGUUCACUUUUGCGACAGAUUAGGGAUUAUGAUGAUGGGUCAACCAGCUAGCUCUCAAUUAUCAAGAAGUAUAUUGUCUUGGUUUGCAGGAACCUCACUGCCUGUUCAUGCUCAUAGAAAUGGAGCUUAAAACUGAUUAUACUGGUUACUUGGAUAUAAAUAUACUGAUAUAGUUCAACCUGGCAUAACAACAACAAUCCUUACUCCGUUACUCGUAGCCUUCAUGUAACUUGUGGCGACUUUGAGAAUUGGUUGAGUAUGUGAGAGAAACUGAGUCGUCCAAAGUUGUAGAACU